ACGGUCGAUAGGAGGAGGCCACGUAGUGUAACCACGGUGGUUGCAGCGACUUGCAGUGACGAACGCGACGCCACCGCGUGGCACACGAAACUCACCCCCUGGCGCCACGAGCCACUUCAUGCAUUUCUCCCCUCUCGACCUUGAGACCAGCUCGUUCAUUCCGCUUGUGGAUGCCGAAGAGGUCCGCGGUCGUGUGAACGAAACGCGUUACAGUGCAUUUCGGACCAUCUGCUCCAAAGAGUCACCGUAAAACCUCCACUGGAGAGUUUCGUGUGUUGGUGCAGAAUAAUUUCCGCAUGGAAAACAUAUAUUCCCGUGUUUUUUGUACGAUUGUGUCAACCGAGGACUUCCGCAAAUAGCUGUUGACUGAAAGUUUCUGCGGAGGUCUUUGAUAAUCUUGCCUUUGCAAGAUGGACCUUGCUUAUUGUCGGCCCCUUAAGCAUAAUAGCUGUCUCGGGACUUGACGCGUUUACGCGAGUUUCUAAGGCCUAUUACCCGUGAAUCUGGGAAACAAAGGCAUCCGCGUUGUGUAGAGAAUCUUUAACGAUCGCCGGAGAAAUCGGAAACGGCCGAUUCGCGACAGUCACGUGAAUCUUUUUACAUUCGCUAGUCGACGGUUGCGAAAUCACGGCUGAAAGGGUUCGCACAGAUCGUUCGUCGGUCAUUCCCGAGUUUCCCCAUGUGGAACCGUGACACAUACCGUGACACAAAGGCCGAAACAAAAAGACGCUGACAGAAUCGGCGAAACAAAUACAGGGAAGAAGAUAAAUAGACUUGUACGAAUACUAGUCAAUUAUAAAGUCCACGAAAACAGAAGCGAUCAUUAUUGUCACGACAUUGGACGUUGACGAGAAAGCUGUUUACGUAUCAAAGCCGGCAUUGUGGUAGCGGCACACUACAGCGAAUUCAUCUCACGAAUUCUCGAAUCGUGACACAAGGAACCAUCGAUCUUGAGUAAAGGCACGUUCCUCCUCGUUCACGUUACCAGACCGUUUAACAAUAAACAAUCCAUUCUGAGGACGCAUCGGUAUCGACGCGUGUGGACUGCAAAGUGCAAUUCAAGGGUGGAGGAUCAAAACGUGGGCGUCCGACGAGUAUCGAUCGACCUGUAUCUUGAAGAGGAUGCUCCCUUCGGGCUCGUAGCAGCAGAAUUCGUAUCAUAGUUGUCACGUGCUGUAAGGAACGCGAGAACGGACUAACAGCAAAGGGAGGGACGUGCUGACGGACCGACGGAGGGCGGGAGAAGAGGAGAGACGUCUUCCGGCAGACGACGCCGCGACGCGGUCAUGGAAAAUCGAUUCGCCGGCGACCACCACCCCGUUACAACCACCCGCCGCAGUGCAAUGACCUCCAAACCGGGAAGAUCUUAUAGCGUGAGGUCUCCGCGAAUCGGAGGUCCUCUUUCGCAAUCGCUAGCUAUGAUCCCUCCGACCAUGCACGGGCACGAGUUCAAUCAACCCUUGUCGAGGGUGGUCAUGGUGCGUAAAACAGAUCAAAGGACUUUCAGCAAGGGAAGACGGGGCGGUGAACCUCUUCUGGAAACUGUUACCAGGGAAACCGUCGAACUCUUCAGUGGUGGCCGAGCUGAAAGGAAGUAUACUUCCGAAACGAGGGACAUUGUUACCCCAAAAUCAAACAGUAUGCCGUCGCUGAACGUGCACGGAACGAAAAAGAAGGUGGUCGGUUUUGUCGAUCAAGUGUCGCCCGACAGGUCGAGGACAGACUCGGUUAGAUCAAAGUCCCCGUUGACGGCUUCGCCAGCGUCGCCAGGUCCAUUGUCGAAUUCCUUGCACGGAAGUUUCCAUGGAAGUCUAGGAAGCGAUGGCAUGUCCUGCAGUAGCGCCAGAUCAUCUUCAGCCUCUCCCGAUUCUGCGAGAUAUUCAUCUUCACAGAUAACAAAGACUGACACGCGUAAACCGUCUGUGCGCAGAUCAGGGCCGCCAAAGGAAUUCAUCAACGUCUGUCUCGACACGCACAAUUUCUAUCGAUCGCGGCACGGAGCACCACCAUUACGACUCAGCAAGCAGCUGUGCAAGACAAGUCAAGACUGGGCCAAUAUACUGGCAGCUAGGGGUAGACUAGAACACAGGGCAAACAUUGACUAUGGAGAGAAUCUCUAUUGUAUGUGGAGCUCUAAUCCAAAAACUAUCGUUGGUGGCGAAGAGCCAGUAAAUGAAUGGUAUGCCGAAGAGGCUCAACAUCAAUAUGGAAAGGAACCUACGACACUGAAGACUGGGCAUUUCACGCAGGUGAUUUGGAGGGACAGUACUGAGUUGGGAGUAGGAAUGGCUAGGAAUCGAAACGGCGAGGUUUACGUUGUAUGCAAUUACAAUCCCGCUGGAAAUUUCCUAGGCAGUUUUACGGAGAACGUUCUACCACCCGUGGAUGCCAGUCCUUCGAAACGAAUUCAUUUUACCGAUUUGAAACAACAGUACGCAAUAGACGAGCAAGCGUGGCAGCAAGAGGCAUUAUUGGUUCACAACGAGUACAGAAGGAAACAUCGUGUACCGGAUUUGAGAUUGAGUCCGGAAUUAACAGCCGCUGCUAAAGCCUGGGCAAACACGUUGCUAAACACAAAUAAACUGAUACCUCAGUCGUCAUCUCCGUACGGCGAAAAUAUUUAUUCGAUGCAGAGUUCCGAUCCCAAGCUGAUCGUCUCGGCACGUGAAGUCAUUUCGAAGUGGUAUUCUGAGAGAAAAGAGCACAAAUUUGGCGUCGAGCCGAAAGUUCUAAACACAUGUCACUUCACGCAAGUUGUCUGGAAAAACACGACCGAAAUGGGCAUUGCUAUGGCAAAGCGGGAUGGUACAUGCGUCAUAGUGGCGUGUUACCAUCCAAGGGGUAAUAUAGUCGGACAAUUCACCGAGAACGUAUUAAAACCCGUAAAAAACGCCUGUUAGCCGGUCACGAACUCAUUCCUCUGUCGAUAUAUAAUAUAUAAAAGUGUAUUUAAACUCUGUAUUUAUAUCGUGAAGAUACUCGACGUUACGCGUAACAUAUGUAAUGUAUAUACGACACUUGUGCAUACACGUAGAAUAAACAUUCCACGUACACGUAUUUAUAACUA